AUGGAGGCACCUCUGCAGACGGAGAUGGUGGAGCUGGUGCCCAACGGCAAACACUCAGAGGGGCUGCUCCCAGCUGCUGCCCCUACGGUGGACAACCAGAGAGUCGAGGGCCCCAGACAGAGCUGUGUUGAGGGUGAAGGCUUCCUGCAGAAAAGUCCCAGCAAGGAGCCACACUUCACAGAUUUCGAGGGGAAAACAUCGUUCGGGAUGUCAGUAUUCAACCUCAGCAACGCCAUCAUGGGCAGUGGCAUCCUGGGGCUCGCCUAUGCCAUGGCCAAUACAGGCAUCAUUCUUUUCCUGUUCCUGUUGACAGCUGUUGCCCUGCUCUCCAGCUACUCCAUCCAUCUGCUGCUCAAGUCCUCAGGGAUAGUGGGCAUCCGUGCCUAUGAGCAGCUGGGCUACCGUGCCUUUGGGACCCCAGGGAAGCUAGCCGCAGCCCUGGCCAUCACACUGCAGAACAUCGGAGCCAUGUCCAGCUACCUGUACAUCAUCAAGUCUGAGCUGCCCCUUGUCAUACAGACCUUCCUGAACCUGGAAGAGAAAACCUCGGACUGGUAUGUGAAUGGAAACUACCUGGUAAUCCUAGUCUCUGUCACCAUCAUUCUGCCCCUGGCACUGAUGCGGCAGCUUGGCUACCUGGGCUACUCGAGUGGUUUCUCUCUCAGCUGCAUGGUGUUCUUCCUCAUUGCAGUCAUCUAUAAAAAGUUCCAUGUGCCCUGCCCACUGCCCCUCAACUUCGCCAACAUCACGGGCAACUUCAGCCAUGGGGAGGUCAUUGAAGAGGAGGUCCAGCUGCAGGUUAAUGAGGCUGCAGCCUUCUGCAGCCCAAACUACUUCACACUCAACUCACAGACGGCAUACACCAUCCCCAUCAUGGCCUUCGCCUUCGUUUGCCACCCUGAGGUGCUGCCUAUUUAUACGGAGCUUAAGGACCCCACCAAGAGGAAGAUGCAACACAUCUCCAACCUGUCCAUCGCCGUCAUGUACGUCAUGUACUUCCUGGCUGCCCUCUUCGGCUACCUCACCUUCUACGAUGGCGUGGAGUCAGAGCUGCUGCACACCUACAGCAAGGUGGGCCCGUUUGACGUGCUGAUCCUGUGUGUGCGCGUGGCCGUGCUGACGGCAGUCACACUCACAGUGCCAAUUGUUCUGUUCCCGGUGCGGCGAGCCAUCCAGCAGAUGCUGUUUCAGAACCAGGAAUUCAGUUGGCCGCGGCACGUAUUCAUCGCCACCAGCUUGCUCACUUGUAUCAACCUACUGGUCAUCUUUGCCCCCAAUAUCCUGGGCAUCUUUGGGGUCAUUGGUGCCACGUCUGCCCCGUGCCUCAUAUUCAUCUUCCCUGCCAUCUUCUACUUCCGCAUCGUGCCCACUGAGAAGGAGCCUGCGAGGUCCACCCCUAAAAUCCUGGCCCUUUGCUUCGCCCUGCUUGGUCUCUUGCUGAUGACCAUGAGCUUGAGCUUCAUCAUCAUUGACUGGGUCUCUGGGAACAGCCGGCAUGGAGGAAGUCACUAG